AUGCCGAUACACCUCUUAGCCUCUCAGCCAAUGGGAGUGCAGUCUUCGGGUGACUGCCACCCCUUGCGGCCAAUGGUGGCAGGCUCGCGGUGCCGACCACGUGGGGCGCAGGCCGCAAGUAGUACGGGGGCGUGUGGCCGCGCGCCACCCGCCCCCCUCCCUCCCGGCCUGGCGCGGCCGCGCGGCCCGGAGGCGGGCGGAGCCCCCGCGCGUUGCCUGGCAAUGCAGUGAUUGACCCGCCUCUCAGCCAAUGGCGGCGCGGCGGGGGCGGGCGCCGUGACGGCUGCGGGCCGGUGGUGGCCGGGAGGGCUCAGUCCGGCUGUGGCCGCCUGCAGCAUGGUGGGUCCUGCCGUGCUCCCGGCCGCUGGCCUCUUCUACUGGGUGGGUGCCCUGGGUGCUGCCUACGCGGCGGUGCUGACCUCUUACCGCUUUCUGACCGGCCUCCGUCUCUGGUUUCUGGGAAGUGGCAAGACCGCUGUGGGACCGGCGCUGGGCGCCUGGGCAGUGGUCACAGGAGCUACUGAUGGGAUUGGAAAAGCCUAUGCCGAAGAGUUAGCAAGACGUGGAAUGAAGGUGGUUCUAAUCAGUAGGUCGAAAGACAAGCUGGACCAGGUUGCUGGCGAAAUAAGGGAGAAGUACAAAGUGGAGACCAAAGUGAUCGUGGCAGACUUUGGGGAGAGAGGAGACAUUUACAGCAGAAUCAAAGCAGGACUGGAAGGCCUGGAGAUCGGUGUGUUAGUCAACAAUGUGGGAAUAUCCUAUGGCUAUCCUGAAUAUUUUCUUGAUGUUCCAGACCUGGAUAAGACAAUUGACCAGAUGAUCAACAUAAACAUCAUGUCUGUUUGUAAGAUGACACGAUUGGUGCUGCCCGGCAUGCUGGAAAGAUCCAAAGGAGUCAUCCUGAAUAUUGCCUCAGCUGCUGGGAUGUAUCCAACUCCACUGCUGACUCUUUACUCUGCAACCAAGGCUUUUGUGGAUUACUUCUCCCGAGGCCUCCACGCAGAAUACAAGAGCAAAGGCAUCUUUGUGCAGAGUGUUCUCCCCUAUUUUGUGGCCACAAAGAUGUCCAAGAUCCGCAAGCCGACCUUCGACAAGCCCAGUGCUGAGACCUACGUCAGAGCUGCUCUGGGCACCGUGGGCCUGCAGACCCAGACCAACGGGUGCCUGCCCCAUGCACUCAUGGGCUGGAUCUUCUCUCUUCUCCCUUCUUCUACUGCCAUUAACUUACUCAUGAAAACAAACAAACAACUCCGAGCUCGUUACUUGAAAAAAAAGAAGGAGAAGUAAGUUGGAGGCAGCUUGGAAGCCUCCUGGGAGUCCUGCAAGUUGCAGAGCUGCAGCACCAAGUCGACCCUAAUGCUUUAACCAUCUUCAAUCAUAGGUGUACCUUCUAACAAGCAAAACAGGAGGAUAGAAGUGAAAGGAGGCCAUUGACUUCUAACAGUGAUUUCAAAACAGACUUCCUUUGUUCAUAGCUAAUCCAAGUUAGGGGGUGGGGGUGAAGUGCUUUGGGCUAAAAUCACACUGCUGUAAGAAAUGCUCACCAAGGACUUUGAUCAGACAUUGCUCUCAGCUUGCCUGUAGAGUGUCCAUCGCAUCUCUGCAUCCUGCCUGUGGGAGAGGGGUAGGAAAGUGGCAGUUUUCUCACUUUCCUGGGCAGGAGUGGGAAGGGAGUAUCUUCACCAAGGUAACCCAGCACUGCUGACAGAGGAUUACUUCUUCCCACCUUGCCACCUGGGUUACCUGCAGGGAUCCUGCCUUGUCAAGCAUCU